GCUCUGGUCGGUACCCUCCUGUCAAGCGAAGACGGUGGAGAUCCCCCCCGUUCCGCCGCCGUCCCCUGUGGCGUCAGCGCCGGCCCCGGGCCCUCUGUGCUCACGCUAGCACCGCGGAGCAGGCACGAAGCGGAUGAACGCUCUGGACCUUGCCAAGGGCUGGGGCGGUGGGGAGGGGUGUGUGUAGGGGAGCGGCAUCGCUCCAGGCCUCCGCAGCGGUGACGCCACGAAAAUGGCUUUGACAAAUACGAAGGCUGAAGCGGGAGAGCCUGUGCGAGGUUCGCCUGCCCUCGUCUUUCCCCCCGGUAGGAAAUGGCUGACGCUCCCUCACCCGCACCGGCCCGGCCGGAAGCGCUGCUCCCCGCUGCGCGGCGGAGCCAUUUGGUGAUGGACCAGGCGCCCGGUGCCGCCGCUGCGCCGGCGGGAAACAUGUCCGCGGCCCGCCCGUUCCUGGCCUGCGCCUGUUUCUUCUCGGACAACAUCUUCGUGGGGCGUUACGGGCUGCAUGUCCGGUACCAGGACGCGGGGCAGCUCCGCCGCGAUCACGGACGGGCGCUGCGGGAGAGGGGCUGCCGGAGCCAGGAGGACUUCAGCGCCGUGCUGCGGGAGAUUGAGACAGAAGUGCAGCGAAGAAAACAGUUAAUUCAUCAGGCAGUGGAACGCAGAGCCAUCAUCUCAAAGUGCUACAGGCAGAAGCACCCAGAAGUGUACAUUCUGCAGGAUUCAUUCCUGGCCCCAGAGUUUCUGGAAAUUGUGAGGUACUGCACAUCACCAGAUGCUCAUCUCCAUGGCCUCCUGCGCUACAUUGAAUCCUUCUCAGAUAAAAGGAUCUAUCGACUCCCAGUGUUCACACAGGAGUUCUGCCAAGCCUUUGUGGAGGAGCUGGAGAACUUCGAGCAGUCUGAUAUGCCUAAAGGCAGGCCUAACACCAUGAAUAACUAUGGGGUUUUGUUAAAUGAGCUUGGGAUGGAUGAAGCCUUCAUCACACCCCUGCGUGAGCAAUACCUGCAGCCCAUAACAGCUCUGCUUUACCCUGACUUGGGAGGUGCUUGUCUGGACAGCCAUAAAGCAUUUGUGGUCAAGUACUCACUACAUGAAGAUCUGGAUUUGAGCUCUCACUAUGACAAUGCAGAAGUCACCUUAAAUGUUUCCCUGGGAAAAGACUUCACAGAAGGCAACUUGUACUUUGGGGAUUUCAAUCAGGAUCCUACUCCCGUGCCAAAGUACAUGGAGAUUGAACACAUUGGAGCCCAGGGACUGUUACACCGAGGAGGGCAGAUCCAUGGGGCACUUCCUAUUGCCUCUGGGGAACGCUGGAACCUCAUUCUUUGGAUGAGAUCCUCUGCAAUCCGCAACCAGCUCUGCCCCAUGUGCAACAAGAAACCUGUGCUGGUGGAAGCAGAGGGGUUUGGAGAUGGGUUCACAGAAAGCCUUGAAGAUGAUGCACCUGAGACUGUUAAUCUCUGUACCUUGUGGUAGCAGACCACAGAGAACCUGAUUUCUCCAAAACAAGUUGCCUAAAGCUCCUUUCUGACCUCUCAGACUGCACCAACAGAUUCUGAUGGAUGCACAAGUCAUUAAAUUAGUAGUGAUCUCCUUGGAAAGUGAUUCAGAACCAGUCUUGGUGGGGUUAGUUAGGGGAGCAAGCUUGGACAGUGAAAGAGCUGGCUCACCCUGGGGCUGGGGAACUGUGUGGAAGAUGUAGGAAGCCUUAACACUUACUACAAAGACACUGUAAAUGUUUUCAGGUGUAGGGGGAAACCCAGAGCUGCCUGAUCUUCAUAGAGACCUGUUUGCCAGCAGCAGCAGCACACUCUUGCUGUACAUGUGAAAAAACAGAACAAUAAAGCCCUGCUCUGCAAUUUG